GGUACCCGUGCCGCCGCCGCCUCUCGAGCCGCGAUGCCUUUCGUGGAGCUGGAGACGAGCCUUCCCGCGGCGCAGCUGCCCCGCGAUCUGCCGACCAAGCUGUGCGCCGCCGUGGCCACCAUCCUGGACAAGCCCCAAGAGCGGGUGAACGUGACGGUGCGCGGCGGAGCGGCGAUGGUGCUGUCGGGGUCUGCGGCUCCAUGCGCCCAGCUGGUCGUCUCCUCCAUCGGCGUGGUGGGCACGGCCGAGCAGAACAAGGUCCACAGCGCCCGCCUUUUCGACUUCCUCACCAAGGAGCUGGGCCUCGGCCCCGACAGGAUCAACAUCCGUUUUUACCCACUGGAACCUUGGCAGAUUGGCAAGAAUGGGACGGUCAUGACUUUCUUGUGAGUUGGCCAAAGACCCCCGAAGACCAGUGCCAACAUCCCCACCAGCUCUUGGGACCCCUCUCUUGGGGGAAGGGGAGUUACUCAUUUUCUCUUCUGACCCACUUCUCAAAAAGGACGCAAGGGAAUGGUCUCUUGCUGCCCCCACCACCCUUCAUUUUGCCUGAGCUCUCUCUGCCGCAGUGGGGGUUCUCUUUUACGUGUCUUUGUUUUCUCGAAAAGCCAUUGAGUCACAUCCCAUGAACAAUUAAAAAACACAUGUGUUCACUU